ACCCAUGGUAUUAGUCUUGCUCACUCUCUACACUCGCACUACCAUUUCUCUCUCUCUUUCUAUAAUGGACUCUGCUAGCGCUGCCAACGUUCAACAUGUGAACAAGAAGUCCUCAGAUGAGUUGCUCAGUAAGUUUGCAGAACUGGGUUCGGAUUCCGCCGACGAGGCACCGGCGAGGAAGGAGUUGUUAAGGGUGUCCAAGCGCCAGAAAAUUAGGAGCAGGAUAGUAAGAGACGGUGAUCAAUGUGAGAGCCCAUCGAAUGGUAGCACCAGGUUGUCGGAGAGGAGGUCGCUUCUUCCUCUGGCCGCCACAAGGAGGUCUGCAUUGCUUAGGCAACUUGGCAUUGGGAGCUCACAGUUCAGGGCAAGGGAUAUCAAGAACAAGUCCCUCUUGGGAACCAUCGAGAAGACAUGGCGUAAAACUAUAGAAGGGGCUUCAAAAGUUUUUAUUGAGAAGCAUUACCACCGGCAUAAGCGUCUGAUAAAUGACAUUGUCUAGGUUGAAGCUUUUUGAUGUGGCAUUGCUGCUGCCUUGGGAAAGGGAAAAUGGCCUUUGUACAUUGCCAUUAUAUUUACUUAUCAGUAGUAUAUAAGUAUUUCUUUUCAUCUAUAACGAAUAUUUCUUUUCUA